GGUGGAGAGCUUAGGACAGUGCGGCCAUGUACAAAAAAAACCUUUCAUGUUCGCGCAAGAGAAGGAUUGGGGUUGGCGGGAAAGUGUUUAUUGUGAUUGUUUUGUGGGCUGUACAUUUGUUUUGUCUUCCUGGAAAACAUUAAAAACAAACUCAGGUCAUGUCAGAAGCUAAUGGUACAAAAAGGCAGCUUGAAGAUGGAAAAGAAAACGAGAAUAAAAAAAGGAAAACCGAAGAAAAAGAAGCUGGUGUGUUGCUGUUCUCCGGCCUCACUAAUUACGAGGAAAGAAAUGAUAACAAGCUGACUAAAAGCCCUAGUAUUAAAUGGUCGCCUCAUCGCUUUGAAACGUUGGAGGGCGUAAGAAUCCGUGACGUUUCUUCUGGUCCUGUGUCUUACUUCUUUUUAGCGAUUUCUGACAGCGGUCAAGUAUAUGGUUGGGGUUUAAACCAAAAAGGACAGCUUGGAAUGGACGAUUACAAAAUGAGGCGGAAUCCAACGCUGAUCGAAUCGUUGACUGGGCAUAAUGUGAUUGCUGUUGCUACUGGCAAACAACAUAGUCUGUUUUUAACUGACGAAGGGCAGGUAUUUGCCUGUGGGGAUAAUAAGUCAGGACAAUGUGGCAUUGGAAAUAAGAAAGAAACUGUCAGUUCACCAACUCGGAUUGAUUAUUCUGGAACAAAAAUCACCAAGAUUGCAUGCGGGGCGGAUUUUAGUCUCAUACUUAACGAAGAUGGUGAAGUGUACUCCUUUGGUCACCCUGAAUACGGACAGUUAGGAUUGGGAAGCGAAAACAAGGAAAUAGCGGCUCGAAAAGAAGUUUAUCAUUGUGAAUACUCACCAAUGUUGAUUUCUUCGUACAUCGAAUUUGAUGCUGAUACUAAUGAAUUAAUUGGGCACGGUCAGCCUAAGAUUACCGCGAUAGCUUGUGGAGUAAAUCAUAGUUGCGCUAUAGAUGAUCAACAAAGGUUGUUCACGUGGGGAUUCGGUGGAUAUGGACGGUUAGGACACAAUAGCACAAGAAAUGAACUAGUUCCGAGACUAAUGAAAUGUUGGUAUCGUAUAACUGGACGAGCUGAUGGUGGUGUGACGAAUGUGUAUUGUGGUGGUCAGUUCACCAUGGUACAAACUGUUGCACAGAAAUGCACCUUGAUGUUUGGGCAAUUCCGAAUAAUAUCUGAAGCAAAUAUGUAUCCUAAAUUUUUGAGUGAUUUACAAGGCUGGAACGUGCGACAUGUUGUGUGUAAUCAGCAAGGGUAUAUUACAUGUGCCGAUGACGCAGUUAUUGCGUCUCAACCUAGCCCCGCGUACGGUACACUGGCACUAGGGGAGACGAAGAAGUCUUCAGCAGCUCCGAGUAUUGUAACUACAUUAAAAGAUGUUUACUGCCAUCGUGUUGGUAUAGGAUACAUGCAUUCGUUAUAUAUUGCAAGAGAUGAAAGCAAGAAAGAUAAGACUGCAAUUGAGAAAUUUCCCACAAUGAAGCUGGAUGACGAUGAAAAACCUCCUGUAGUAGAGGAAAAAAAGAAGACAAAGAAGAAGCAGGGGAAAAAGAAGAAGCAGGGGAAAAAGAAGUGAAAUAUUCGUUUGGGCCAAGAUAAAACUUUUUCAGUUUUAUUGCUUGAAAUUUUUCCAAUUCCUUGCAAAAUUCCUUAUUUAUUUUUUUCGCUAUGAGAAAGGAUUAUAACGCAAGGCUUGUAUAUUUAUCCAGGAUUGUCAGUGGAUACAAAAAAUUGUUCAGAUACGUUUUCAAUAAUACCAAUAUACUUAGGAAUAUGCUUUAAUAUACUUGAUAAGUAUUUUGGAUUAUGUGCAGCUUCUGAACAUAAUUUGAUUUCCUACAAUUGCAAUCUAUCUAUACUAUUCAUUUAUAUGUGUUGCUUUUGUCAAUUGGUGCUUUUAAAUCUUGAAUUCAGGAUUACAACUAAUAUUAGGAAAUACCAAAGACUCUCAUCUCAGGUAUACUGCUGCUGUCAUCCUGUUAUGGUAUGUUUUGUAGUGCAAAUAGGGUUGUACAUAGUGUAUAUAUGUUUGCUUAUUAGACAUAAAACUUUGACCGGA